AUGAGGCUUCUAAUGUCUUCUUCAGAUCAAGAUGAAGGUGAAAUGAAGACAUUUGCUAAUUGGAUACUUGAUGUUGGAAAUAAAAAUAUUGGUUCUGUUGUUGGUGAUGAAUCAGAAAUUGAAAUUUCAGAUGAUCUAUUAAUUAUAAUUACUGAUGACCCUCUCUCUCAUUUAGUAGACUUUGCAUAUACAAAUUUGUUGCAAAACAUGUCAGAUUACAAGUAUUUUCAUAGUAGGGCAAUUCUUGCACCCACGCUUGAGAGUGUCAAGAAGGUUUUGAAGCUGUAUACAAACAUGAUGCUUUUAAUGUCUUCUUUGGAUCAACAUGAUAGUGAAAUGAAGAGAUUUGCUAAUUGGAUACUUGAUGUUGAAAAUAAAAAUAUUGGUUCUGAUGUUGGUGACGAGUCAGAAAUUGAAAUUCUAGAUGAUCUGCUGAUUACAACUACUGAUGACCCUCUCUCUCAUUUGGUAGACUUUUUAUAUCCAAAUUUGUUGCAUAAUAUGUCAGAUUACAGAUAUUUUCAAAGUAGGACAAUUCUUGCACCCACGCUUGAGAGUGUCGAGACGAUAAACGAUUUCGUCUUGACAAUCUUCCUAGAGAUGGAAAAGGAGUAUCUAUGGUAUGACACAACAUGUCAGGCUAAUGAGAAUGAAGAUGUACAACAAAAGUGGUUCACACCAGAUUUUCUAAAUGACAUCAAAUAUUCGGGACUACCUAACCACAAGUUGACUCUGAAGCCAGGAAUAGCAGUAAUGCUACUGCGAAACAUAGACCAAACUUUAAGUUUAUACAACGGGAUAAGAUCAAUAGUUAACGAACUUGGCAACAACGUAAUUAGAGCAACGUAG